CCCAUCCAUCUCUUUAACACGGUCGGUCGCUUCAUGCACUCACUCACACAAAUGUGCGUCUGCCUUACCCACCACACACACACACGCAGACACAGACACAGACACGCUUUGCCCACCGUGUCCCAUGAUGUGCGUCACGUUCGUGUAACACCCAAGAACCCCUUCGGCCACGGAGCGAGCCUGAGCCAAGCGGAAGGUCGAGCAUAAUGACCUAACAGUCAUGUCGGUGUGUCGGCAUGACUGUUGGUGCAUCGUCCCCACCCGCCGGAUGGAUGAGGCUAAGCUCCCAGACUACGGACUCACUCACAGACUUCACGACUGUCUGUCUCUCUGUCGCGAAUGAGGGAAGAUUGUCUUGUCAUUUCGUCAUUACUCUGCCGCCUGCGUACUAACAUUCGGAAAAGGCACACAAGACACUCAUACACACGACACGGAUGUGGUGUGAGUGUGUGUGUGCGUGUGUGCAUGUGCGUCAGGAAAAAUGCCCGCAAUUAUACAUAUGAAGCUCGUCCCAGCCUGGCUGGGAUGAGCUUCGCUGACUGCAGACCGCACACUAUUAACGACGCACACACACGCAGAGACACACAACCAUUACAGACACACAGAGAGAGAGGUGCCGUGUGUAGAGGUACACAGCCGGCCCGGCCCGUUUGGAUGGAUUCAAUACAUCACAUUCAUGGCAGCUGGCUGGCUUGGCUACACAACACAGACAGACAGACAGAGAGACAGAGGGGAGGGAGAAGGGGAAGAGAAGCGAGAAUUGAGACGACACGCCGGCCGGGUAGCAAUAUAUCACUCGUGAGAAAUAGAUAGACAGACAGACAGGUUGACCGCCGCUCUUAUAAUACACAGCUAGAUGUAUAGGUAAACAACAACAACAACAAUACAUUGCAGAAGAAACACGCGUACAUACACACACACACACACACAUACGUACGUAUUUCCCUGUCUCUGUCUCUCUCUGUCAUUCAUGAGUAGUCUGUCUAGUCGAGAACGAAUCCCAUGGAGAAGAGGAGAACAUCAGGCCGCGAGUGGAGGUACACGUCCAGCGCCUGAAGCAACUCACUCAGCCCACCCCCCAAGCCGCCACCCCGUCGCUCCUUGCACACCGACCCCUUCCCCCCCACACCCACACCCGCACCAGCCACGCCCCCCUUGCCCUUGCUGCCCAGCUUCCCAUCCGCCAUGCUGUCCCUGUCGCUCUCGUCCGUCUGCCCACUCCUCCUCUUGUGGAUGUCCGGGUCGGGGAUGACCGCUGCUGACGGCGACCACGUCGGCUGCGGUAUGUCUGCAGGCGCAAAGGGGUGCGAGGGGAUCUCAGGCGGAUCCAAACCACCGGCCACCUGCUGCUGGUGCUGGUGCUGGUGCUGGUGUUUGUUGGGGUGGUAGGGCAACAGGAGCCGCGGCUUGCGCCCCUCCCUCCUGGCCUGAUCGUUUUCGUUCCUCUGGUAGACGUCCAUGCAGUUGUCCAGCUGCUCUUGCAUCUUGUUGACCCACAGCUUGGCGUAGCCGUCGCUGUCGUGGAAGCGCCACGUGUGGGGGGCGUGGGGGGCCGACGAGCGGAUGGUGAAGUCGCGCGUUGGGUGGGGGCCAAGGAAGACCGUGAACGGGCCGCCUGUGCGGAAACAAAUGUCCUCCUGACCACCACACACACACACACACACAGAGUCAGGGAUGUCUGUGUGUGGGUGUUUUGUGUUGUUCUGUUGUGUUGAGCUGACCACGAAGGCCAUGUUGUUUGCGUCCAUGAUAAUGAGCCUGGACCGGUCGGUGAGCAUCAGGUACCGCGGGCAGGUGUCUCGAUCUCGGCUGCUGGGGGGCUUUGGGGGCGCCCCGCCGUGGAGAGGUCUUGUGUCGGGGGAGGUGAGCAGCUGGCUCACAUUGCCCGUCAGCACUACCGUCUCCUGCUUGCCCAACACCCUGCAUAACACACACAGACGCACACACACACACAUACAGAGGCCCAGAGGCCGAGAGAGAUGACGACCAUAGGUGUGCACACGAGGCGUCCGUCCGUAUGCGCGUCUGUGUCUACCUACUGCUUUCCGCUUUCCUUACUGUGAGAUGGCGUCGGGCUCCCCCUCUUGUUCGCGUUCAUCAGCACCUUCCUCCCUCUCUUUCUCACUCUCACUUCUCCAAAGGGCACUUUGUGCGGCGGGCGGCGGACCAGAUCUCACCGGAUGCUGAGGCAGCGCACCCUGCAUCCACCAACACAACACAACACAACACACGACACACGUCAAAUCACGCAACCUGGGUGUGCCACUGCAUGGGAGCCCACCGUAUUUACCUGGAGUAUGGGCGAGGGCGUCUUAGACCCACACGGUUGGUUGAAUCGUGGCGGCGGGCUCGACGGCGCCGACUGGCUGUCGACAGCUCCCGCAUGGCCGCCUCUCCCAAUGCCAAUGCCCCCACUUGUCCUCUCCUUUCUUCUCCUGUGAUCUCCUCCCUCGGCAGCAGAGCCGCUGCCAGCUCCACCCUGUCGGUCCCUCUCUUCGUCGGUGCUGUCGAAUGGGGGCGGGUGAGAGGAUGUGGGCGAGGCAGAUGAGCCGCCCCACGAGUCGCCUCGCUCACGCACGGUGGCCAGCUCACAAGCGUGGGGGCGUGCUGACGCGUACCGGGGAGACGCCCGGCGGAACAGCUGCAAAUCGAAAGCACGCGUGUGUCUGCUGCUGCUGCUGCUGCUCUUCUCUGCUCACCUUUGGCGGCUCCACGGAGAGAUUGCUGCUGGUGGCCGAGCUGUCCUGCGGCGCCUCCUGGAUGGUCAUCAUGCCGCCGCCGCCGUGAUGCGAGGCGGGCUGUGAGGGCGUGAAGGCAGGCGCCAUGGGUGAGGGGAAGUCGUGGUCGGUGUGUGCGCCGUGCUGCCGGAUGUGGUGCCGCAGGACACCGCCGAACGACUCGCCCAGCGAUGGAGUGAACUCCAGGGCAGCUAAGGGGUCGACGGAGCUGCUGCUGUCGGCAUGCCGGUUGCCUGGCGGCUGUGCGUGUCGACGCAAAAGAUGCUCUGAGAGAGAGAGGGAGAGAGGGGCAACUCAUGGGCAAUGUGCUAGUGGGUGAUGAGGAAGGUACCUAUUUUAGGCGGUGUCUGUGCGGGUAGCGUGUCGAAUUCCACGCCAUCGAAGAAGGGAUGGCUCUUCAAACGGUCCAUAUCCUGACGAUUGAUGGACAUUCACAGAAGCACACACACACACACACACGAGGAGAGUGCAAGCUCCCCAGCACCAUUGGCCCUUCUUGUGUCUGUGUGUGUGUAUGUGGUACCUUUGAGCCGAGCCUCCUCUGAGGGUCGACCACCAGCAGCUGACUCACCAAAUCACGAGCCACCGCCGGCAUAUCCUGACAGAUGAGUGGAUGCACCCACACACACACACACGCGUAUAUAUUCCAUUUUGGUUGCUGCGUGUCCUGGCUACAAAAGCUCGUACGUACAUUUGGGAAGGCGAUGUCACAUCUGCAUAUUCGCUGGAAGGUGAGGAACUCGGUCUCGGCCUUGAACGGCGGGCAGCCAGCCAGCAUCUGAUACAAGAUGCAACCAAGCGCCCUGACACACACACAUACACACACACACAGGCGGACACACACAGGCGGACACACACAGGCGGACAGACAGACAGACAGACGUGGGAACCAAUCGAGUGUCUUCCUCUUCCAUUGCCGUGUGCGUCCUGACUCACCAGAGGUCUGACGGGUAGCUGGCGAUGUCGUUGUCCUCGAGCAUCUCCGGCGACACAUACUGCGCCGUGCCCACCCACGUGUUGGCCCGGGACCGCGGCUUCCUCACGGCCGGCGGCCGGCGGGACGGCACCACGGGCGACGAUGUCAUGCUACUGUCGCCGCUGCGGGGCUGACCCGGACUCGCCUGACCCGUUUCUCGUGACGAUGACGACCGGCUGCUGGAUGAGGAGGGCGGGCCCUGCAAGGCAGGCGCGAAACACUUGGCGCCGUCAAAGUCAAUCUGAGAGAGAAGCGGGGCAGGCAGAGUGGGCCAGAUGCGUCUGGCUGUGGGUGGGCGUGGGUCUUCGGUGACUGACCAGCUUGAGGUGUCCGUUGUCGCCUAUGAGCAAAUUCUCCGGCUGAUGAACAAACACGUUCAGGUCGUGCAGGGCCGGCUCCAGUGCACUGUCUAUGCGGUCAUUGGCUGACUGACUCGCUGACUGACUCACACACUGACUUUGAGGUCUCUGUGGGCGAUUUGUUUCUCCCGUAGGUACUCGAGGACCUUGACCACCUCGGCCGCGUAGAACUGUGCCAGCUCGUAGGGCAGACGGCCCACGCGCUUGAUCUGGUCGCCCAGGUCACCGCCCUUGGCCAGCUCCAGCACAAAGUAGAGGAAACGGUCAUCCUGUGUGUAGCAAUAUGCAACACACGUACAAGCCACACAUGUGGGCGUGUCGGCAUACGCACCAGAGGGCCUCAGUGUAGUGUCUGUGUGCCCUCUCUCUCACACCUGGAAGGAUGAGUAUAGCUGGACGAUGUUUGGGUGGUUGAGAGCGCUCAGGAGGCGCCGCUCCUGCACCACCGAUGCCUGCUUCUGCUGCUGAAGGAUGUACCUGAAUCAAUCGUGGACACACACAACACAUGCAACGGACGUGGGUGUGGCGACUUGACAAAGCAAAAGCUGCCUUGAACAGCGUCUGCGUGAAGGACUGGCCUGCCUCCUGCCUGCUCUGUUUCCUUGCUUCUCUCUGCCCCUGUGUGUCGUGCUGUGCUGUGCUCCUCCAUGACUGACUGACCUCUUUUCCAGCACUUUGACGGCAUACUCUUCGUUGGUCCUCUUAUCUCGCGUCCGGUAUACCUACAACAAACACAGUCGCACGCGCCAUACGCACACAAAGGCAUCGCGCUGCCAUUGACAACAAAGGCAGAAGUAAUUUUCUCUCGCAGUCUUACCUUGCCGAGUGAGCCUUCGCCCAGCAAGCUGCCCAGUUCAAGGUCAGCACGUGAGCAAGACUCCAUCCCGCCCGCCCUCGGCUGCCAAGUUGGCGCAGCUAUCCUUGUCGCACCAUCCUCAGUACAGC